UAGACAGGCCAGCAGAGCCAGUCUUGCAGCCUGAGAUAAGGCUGUUGGAGGGUGUCUCCCCUAUGACUCCCUUGAGGGGGGGACGAGGGCAGACGGCUGAUGCAUGGAGCUGGUGAAAGUGCCACACGGAGCCGGACCCAGAAUGGGCUCUAAGUACCCACGAUCUAUGCAGUGCUUCCUGCCCCUGUGGACCCUCGUGCUGGAGGUGGCUCUCAUUGUCAUCUUCUUCUUUUUCACCUCCUAUGACACUUCCUCACAGGAUCCAAAGAAGCUCAUGGAGGCCUAUCGAGUCCUGCAGGAUGUUACCAUCAUGGUGGCCCUUGGCUUUGGCUUCAUCAACUCGUCUUUGCGGAGAUACGGCUGGAGCAGCGUGGCCUUCAACCUCUUCUUGCUGGCCCUGGCGGUGCAGUGGGCAGUCCUACUGGAUGGGUUCCUGGAGCAGCUCUCCCCUAAGAAGGUGGUCAUCAAACUGUCCAGUAUUAAGCUGGCCACCAUGAGCGCCAUGUCUGUGCUCAUUUCAGCGGGUGCCGUUCUAGGCAAGACCAACCUGGUGCAGCUGGUGCUGAUGGCACUGGUGGAGGUGACAGCCUUUGAUGUCAUGAGGAUGAUCCAAAGGAAGUACUUCAUUAAGGACAACCACGUCAACAUGAUGCACAUCCACGUGUUUGCAGCCCAUUUUGGGCUGAUGGUGGCCUGGAGCUUCCGGAGGCCUCUGCAUGAGAGAGUGAUGGAGAAAGAUCAGACAGCAAAGAGCUCCAGUUUGUUUGGCAUGCUGGGAACCCUCUUCUUAUGGAUAUUCUGGCCGAGUUUCAACUCUGCUCUGCUGCUGGACUCUCCAAAUGAAAGGAAGAAUGCCAUGUUCAACACCUACUAUGCUCUUGCGGUCAGCGCGGUGACAGCCAUCUCGGUGUCGUCCUUGGCUCACCCCCAAGAGAAGAUCAACAUGAAUCAUAUCCACAAUGCGGUACUGGCCGGAGGUGUGGCUGUGGGUGCCUCGUGUUAUCUGAUCAGCUCGCCUUGGCUUGCCAUGGUGCUGGGCCUUACGGCUGGACUGAUCUCCACCGGAGGAGCCCUGUGCCUGCCGAUGUAUUUUAACCACGUGCUGGGGAUCCACGACACCGGUGGCGUGUACUACACCUUCGGCUUGCCGGGGCUCCUCGGAGAGAUCGCCCACAUCGUGCUGAUCACGUAUCAAGCCGACCAGACCAAGAGUGCCAUGAUUAACUACCAGUUGCUCUUGGACAUUGGGGCACUGAGCUUGGCCAUGGCUAUGGGUCUGCUAAUUGGUCUUUUGACAGGUUUGGUCUUAAACCUCAAAAUAUGGAGAGGACCUCAUGUAUCUAAAUAUUUUGAUGACCAAGCUUUCUGGGAGAUGUUUUCCAGCCAAAAGAAAGCACAAAAUUGAAGUUAAUACUAAUUCGGACACGAAAACAUCCGCUGUGAUGAAUCCCGACCUAACAAAUUACAUAAAACCAUUCCUGCGAGCAGACCUAGGCAGACCUGGCCUAAAACCCAUCCGGAUUAUCUCUAUUUCAGAGCAUGAAAAAGCCUGAAUUACGUAUAACUUGCUAAUUAUCAAGACACACCCAAACUCCUACCAGCGACUCUGAACCCGUCUGUUCAACUACUCUUGUAGCCAGCAAUCCUGAUUGUCCAAAAACAUGACAUUCUAAAAAAGAGCAAUGAGUCCAAUCGUAACAUCCCUUUUAAGCAUUAA